AAGGCGACGCAUUGCAUGCCCAAGAAAUCUUCGUGGGCGACCGACGGGAUAUCUAAACAGGAGCGAGGAAGCGAGCAGUGAGGGCGAACUUACUCCAGAAUCUCGGCUUCCAUUGGUGGAGUUGUCCGAGAGCAAAGAUGUCGAGGACGCGAGACGCUGAGGCCGAGCUCAACUUGCCGCCGGGGUUCCGGUUCCACCCCACCGACGAGGAGCUCGUCGUGCACUAUCUCUGCCGGAAGGCCGCCGGCCAGUGCCAGCCGGUUCCUAUCAUCGCAGAGAUCGACCUCUACAAGUUCGACCCCUGGGAACUUCCAGCAAAGGCGUUGUUCGGCAAGAAGGAAUGGUACUUCUUCACCCCUCGCGAACGGAAGUACCCGAACGGCUCAAGGCCGAACAGGUCUGCAGGGACAGGCUACUGGAAGGCGACGGGGGCCGACAAGCCGAUCUCGCCCAAGGGCAGCAGCGCGACGGCUGGGAUCAAGAAAGCUUUGGUCUUUUACUCUGGGAAGGCACCGCAAGGAGUAAAGACUGACUGGAUCAUGCACGAGUACAGGUUGGCCGAUGCCAAACGAGGCCACAACAAAGGAAGUUUAAGGUUAGAUGAUUGGGUUCUUUGCCGGUUGUACAACAAGAAGAAUACCUGGGAGAAGAUGCAGCUCGAGGAGAAGUCGUCAUUUGUAGAGACCAUGGAUUUGGCGUAUGACACAGUGUCGGACAGCUUCAGAACAGCAGAAUCCGACGUCGAAAAUGACAGUGUGUUGCCAAAUAUCAGUGAUCUUUUCGGCACGACCCAAGCUGCUACUGGACCACAACAAGCACUGAGCACCUGCAAUGAAGAUGGACUUCAGAUGGUUCACAGAUGCCAGAAAGAAGACAGUGAAUGGUUUAGGGACUUGAAACUGGAAGACUUGCAGACCUCUUGCAUGAGUUUCGGAUUACCAGUGCCCCAUUAUGGACGCAGCCAACCAAGAUCAUAACUCGCAACUUGUUGUCCCUUCAGCUACCAUUCUGAAUCAAACAAAAACUCAUAAGAUGUGCAUAGACUUACAAGGUAGUGUCUAGGAUGGUAGAGCAGAGAUCAUGAAGAGACCUUAGGAUUUGUCUAUUUGAGUUCAUGUAUUGUGGAGAAAGAUGGGUGUUUUUCUGAAAGGAGGGCUGCAUUUGCUCCAUAUUUUAUGUAAGAAACUUGUCUUUCUCUAAUAGGAAUGUAUAACAACAUCUAAAUUUUGCUAGACAAA